AUGGCGACACCACCUACCAGCGCCGCCUCCGCCGCGACGCGACAAGCAGCAGUAGCAGUCCGCCGUCCUCUGUCCGCCCGGAAACUCGACGCCGUGUAUCUGGUCUUCUUUGUCGUGCAUGUGCCGAUCAUGUUCUUGGUCGACCUAGCCUCGCUCCUCCCACCGUUCCUCGUCUCGCCCCUCUCGCACACCCUGCGCGCGUACCAGCUCGAGCGAUUUCAGGACCAGUUCUUCGUGAACCCGCCCCGGUGGUUCACGGCGUACAUGUGGAUCGAGGCACUGUAUCAUGUGCCGAUUAGUCUGUGGAUGGUUUGGGGGAUUUUGAACGACCAUCCUCUCGUCCCGCUCCACCUCUUGAUCUUCUCCCUCGAGGUCGCCGUCACAACGCUCACCUGCGUCGUCGACAUCUCCGCCUGGGCAGGCUACACCUCUGCUCAGAAGUCGGACCUGUACGGGCUGUACGUGCCUUACUUGGUUCUUGCGUGCCUAAUGGGCGUCGAUGCGUUUGUCCGAGUCAAGAGACAGAUUCUGCGCGGCAUCAACCCAGAAAAGGGCAAGACUUUGUAA